GAUAAAUCCUUAUGUAGGAUAAGCUUUAGAAAGACUUGAAGCAAACCAUCAGUGAACACUGACACACUUUGCUGCCCUAAGCUCACAUCUGUGAGCAGGAAUUUUCCCUUCCCAGCUGGUCUGGUGGUGGAAGAAUAAUAGAAUGUUUAGAAAACAAACACACUAAACAUCCCUUUCCUAAUGAGCCACUUGGUGUUCUUCCCUGAUCACAAUAGAAGAGCCAAUGGCUCAGAUGAGCAGAUUACGGGGAAAUGAGCCACAGCUGAGGCCCUCAGGUGGGAAGGAAGGCAUUUAAGGAGGUUGAGAGGGAUGCUGGGGGUUGUUGAAAGGGAAAAGCUGCAACAAGAAGGGAUCUUCAUAGGAGUGUGGUUCUUUUGUGGAUGGGAGAAGCCAGAAAGCCAGGAGGAUCUGGAAGAUUGACCUCCAUUCCUACAAGAUGUCCUGCUAUGACCUGUGCCCCACCAACAUUGGAGGCAUCAGCCGCCCCCAGCCCAUCGCUAACAGCGGGAAUGAGCCAUGCGUCCGGCAGUGCCCUGACUCCACAACUGUGAUCCAGCCACCUCCUGUUGUUGUCACCUUCCCUGGACCCAUCCUCAGCUCUUUCCCCCAGGAUUCAGUUGUGGGAUCCUCGGGAGCACCUGUCUUUGGGGGCUUUGGGGGCUCCUCCCUGGGCUACGGGGGUCUGUAUGGCUAUGGAGGCUCCUCCCUGGGCUAUGGGGGNGGUCUGUAUGGCUAUGGAGGCUCCUCCCUGGGCUAUGGGGGCCUGUGUGGCUAUGGAGGUUCCUCCCUGGGCUAUGGGGGUCUGUAUGGCUAUGGUAGAUCCUAUGGUUCUGGCUAUUGCAGCCCUUACUCCUAUCGGUACAACAGGUACCGCCGUGGCAGCUGUGGGCCCUGCUAAGCCAUGUAGGACUAUUCCCUGCACAGGAGCAAACCAGCAAAUGGGCAGUACUAUCCCGAUCCUCAUCUGAGUUCCUGAAUAAGGGGCAGAGCAUCAGCAAUUUCUUCUUAAUGCUGUGGAGUCAGAAUAGCUCCUUCAAUCCCAUUUCUAAUUUUUUCUUUCAUCUCUUCUGUGCCCUGUCGGUGGCCAGGCAUGUUCAACUCCAUCCAUGUCCCCAGAGGUCAUUUCUGGGCCCUGCUCUGGCCACUGCCUGGGAAAAACCCGAAGAAACACCUUUCCUGAAGCCCUAUGGGACUCCUUCCCACCAGAGCCUGUUGCAUUCCUGCUGUUGUGUCCUUUACUGCCUAUACAAUAAAACAAGCCUGUAUCUAC